CAGCUCAUCAGGGCAAAAUCAGUGUUCUCUAGAUCAGUGUAGCCCCAGCGCACCUGUCAGUAUCCAUCAGUGCCUCCUAACAGUGCCAUUCAGUGGUGGUUAGUGCCGCCUAAUAUACCUAUAAGUGCCAUAUGUCCGUGCCAUGUAUCAGUGCUGCCUUUCAGAGCCCAUCAGUGAUGCCUGUCAAUGCCCAUCAGUGCCACCUACCAGUGCCUCCUCAUCAGCGUCCAUCAGUGCAGCCUAUCAGU